CAUUGAGGUUACACUGCAGAACGAGUUACUGACAGACGGACAUGAGCCGCGCGUCACUGCUGACACGGCACUGGAUCAACAACAUGAUAUCCGCGCUCUUCUACGACACGAUUCAUUUCAUGUGAUAUCUCGCGUUGUUUUUCCGCAACGAAUGACGCUUUGAGUCGGCCCUAGUCUCCGCUGCCCUCCGGCGCGUCGCACAAUGGCAUUGUCCGGCCCAAAUAAAGCCGACAGCAGAGCCCGGAUGGAUGACAAGUGCAAGCAAGAGAAAUGCAUUUCGUUUCUUUUUUAUCAAGCGGUCCGGGACCUGAAGCCCGUCUGGAUGCUAGAGGACAUGCGCACCAUGGAGACGUUUUACUGGGAAGAAGACGCCAAACAGAGAACUUACACCCCGUCCGAAGCGUUGCUCUACGCGAUCGUGCACGACCAUCAGGCGUACGCGCAGUACCUGCUCAGCCACUAUGCUGACGAGGCGCUGGCGAUGCCGGGCGAGCGAUUCUGCUGCUGUCCGUCAUCCGCGCCGCAUUUAGCGAUGGCCGUGCGCUACGACAGACGGGACAUUCUGGCUCACAUAUUGCAGGUGGCGCAUCGACUGCCCAGUCUGCGCUCAUACAUGAACCGCGGCGGGUGCUUUCACCUGGAGGACGGUAAGACGCCGCUCCAUCUGGCCUGUGAGCUGCUGCGCUCGGACGCCGUCAUGCUGUUGCUAGGCAACGGCGCGUCGCCGCAGGCCGUGGACCACAACGGCAUGACGCCGUUAGACGUCAUUCUUCAGCAGCUCUGGGACUCGAAAGUGAACGCCGGGGCCAAAAAAUCCUGCUUGGACAACCUGUUGAUGUUUAUGCCGGAGAUGCGCUUUAAGAUGAAGAGUUGUCUGGAGAAAGACGCCAGAUGCUGGGCCAAGGUUCUCGGAGAGGAGAAACUGCAGUACCUGAUCGGCAGGAAUCCGCCUCGGUUGUUCCUCGUCGCUAUGCAAAGAAUCCUCGCGCAGCUGCCACCCGAUCAGUUUCCUAUGAGUCUGGACAAACUUCCCAUCCCCACCUCUCUGAAACCUGUUCCCAGACCGGUCAAACAAUGCAGCCAUCUUACAGUGGCCUGAAACCACUGUACCAUACCUGUACCUGCCUUAAAUUAAAUUAUUUUAAGUAUAGCCUAAUCAGAUCGGCUUUACAAGUCAGUUCAACUUAGAUUUGUAUAUUUUGACUGAGUUGCUGUAGCAAAUAGAGUUGAAAUUUUAACGUUUUAUGAGUUAACUCAUGACUGUAGUCAACAUAUAAAGCAUUGAGUUGAAAUGACGUUUAAAACCAAUUUGAUUAUACCUAAAAAAAAAAUUAAGGCAGCAAGAAAACUUUAGUGUAUCUCUUUCAGCAUGAAUGAAAUCUGUGUCUGUCUGUGCAUGUCAUGAUGUGUGGGAGAAUUAUUCUCUUCCUGUUGUCUAAAUAGGUGAUCAAUUCAUUUUAUUAUAUUAAUUUAUCUAAUAUAUGUGAUUUUAAAUAUGUCUUGAUUUUAAAAUUUUUAUACUUAUGACAAAAUAUGCAAAUUAUGAGAUUUAUUUAUGAAAGCUGUGUAAAUACAAGCAUUACCUCUUGACACUGAUUUGAAAACAGUGGGGCCGGUGGCAAUUAAAAACUAAUCAUGAUUUAAACUUAAACAA